GUCCCUCCACAGGGCGGACAUGGACGAGGACUUCUCCGCGCAGAUGAAGAAGAUGGCGUUGGCCAUGGGGACCAACCUGUCCGACAAGGACAUCGACCUACUGCCCCCGGACGUGCGCCACCACGGCUCCUUUAACUACGGGAAGUUCCUGGAAUACAUGCAGAGAUUCCAGGCCUCGGGUCAGCAGGAGGAAGCCAUUCGCAGAGCCUUCCAGCUGCUGGACAAGGACAAGAGCGGCUUCAUCGAGUGGAACGAGAUCCGGUACCUCCUGUCCACCAUCCCCAGCGGCGGCCCCGUGGCCCCGCUGACCGACGAGGAGGCCGAGGCCGUGAUCCAGGCGGCCGACGCGGACGGGGACGGACGGAUCGACUUCCAAGAGUUCUCCGAAAUGAUCCGAAAGGAGAAGCUUCCGAAGAAGAAGUAGCAGGGAGGAGAGCGGGGGUCCGCAGGCCGGGAGACGCCGCG